AUGCUUCGACCCCAGGGCCAAGAUCUAAGCUCGCAGUCUUCCACAACUAUUCUCUGUGGAAUAUGCCAUCAGAACACAUCUAAUUAUGCAUGCCCACAAUGUAAGAUAUUAUACUGUUCCAUGGUGUGUUUCAAGUCGCCAGAGCAUGAAAGCUGCUCCAAACAGUUCCUCAAGAAAAACGUAGAAAGCUCGGAAACAGAAACGGCUUCCCAGAAGAAAAUGCUAGAGAUAUUAGAUAAAUACACUAUGGAAGACGAUCAACAAGACGAUUAUGUAGAAAAGGAGCCUAAAAGACAAUGGAAAUACGUGCCUCCAGAAAGCACUGCUAAGCAGAUAGAAGAAUUGAAAACGAAAUUUGGCUUCUCUGGUCUGAAGAAGAAUACCUUUGAACAUGAGCCAUCGAAUGAUCUGGACAGCGACAAAACCGACCAUGAACUUACAGCACAAGAAGAAAGGGAGUUGGAAGAACUUGUCAAUGGGGCUACGGAGGAGCAACUUUUGCAAAUUCUUUCUCCAGAACAGCUAAGACAAUUUCAAGAUUUAAUUGAAAACGGCUACUACGAGGACGCAGAUAGUGAUGACGACUACGAAUAG